GGUCCAUGCCAAACAUAACAAAACAACGCUGCUGCUUCAUUGUUAAAUGAAAGGAGGUUAAAUACGUCGUUGUUUACUUUAUGAUAAAUAUUCAAUAAAAUGGAUUUACCUGCCACGCAAUUGUUAAACGAUGAGGAUGACGACAGCCUGUCAUCUCAAUCAUUAAAUUCUUCGCAAAUGACUCCUAAAAGAGUUCACCAGGUUGCUAAUUUGUGUAUUGGAAAAAAAAAGUACCCGCUGUUCAGAGGAAUAAACAAGAUAGGUCGGCACCCAGGUUGUGAUGUUUGCAUAAAUGAUUUGUCUGUUUCAAAAAACCAUGCGGAAAUUGAAAUAAAAAGCAAUAUUUAUUAUAUUUGUGAUUUGAGAUCAUCAAAUAAAACACGGAUUGAUAAUGAAUCUUUGCGACCGGAUCGUUUUUACCAAAUUCUUGAUGGUUCAAAACUUACGUUCGGUAUAAUUAAUGCCCAAUUUUUACUGAUCAGAGACAGCAACGAUUCAAUAAUUGUCCCGGAAACACCAGCACCUGGUCUGAAAUUACGUUAUGAUGGUAACAGAUCAUCUGUCACCGACAGCGAUGAUUCCGUUGUUCUCGGGACUCAAGAGGCCAAAGAUGAGGCUGUAUUUGCAAAGCCUACCAAAUUGCCAAUUCGUAGUCCCAGUACUCGAGAUGCCCGUGCUAAUAAUGCUCGGAGAAAAUUAAAUUCCAGCAUUCACGAUAUUGAAACUCAGCGACAAUCAGAGCAAAAUAAUGAUCCAUCUAUUUUCGACCGUGAAACGCAACAUGUUGAUAAUUCUAAUAAAAAGAAAUCGAUUUACGAUGUAGAAACACAGCGACAACUGGAGGAAAAUAAUGAUCCAUCUAUUUUCGACCGUGAUACGCAACAAGUGGAUAAUAGUUCUAAUAAAAAGAAAUCUAUUUACGAUCUGGAAACCCAGCAGUUGGAAGAAACUGGAAUAAAAAAUGAAGUUUUUGACUUGGCAACCCAGAGAUUACCUGAAGAAACAGAUGUCGAGUCUGAUAUUUAUGCCAUGAGUACACAGCAGAUAAGUACGACAGACAACCGAGGCAUUCAUGAGUUAGAAACACAAAAAAUGAGUGUUAAAGAUGAAGCUUUGAGUUUGUAUGAUCUAGCUACGCAACCAAUUGCUGCAGACGAUGAUAUUUAUGACUGUGAAACACAGCGAAUAAAUAAACAGUUUGAAAUUACAAAAAGUAAAUUUAAGAAGAAUCGAGUUCCAACUAAAAGUCCCAACGUCAGCAAAGCGGUACCUGUAGCUCCACGAAGAAAUUACGAAGAGGCUGAUAAAAAGCCAAAGCAUGUAAGUACAGUAGUCGAUGACUCGGAAACGGACGACGAGUUGGUAGAUAAUAAUGAGAUACAGUCAAAACAAAGCUCUUCGGUUCAUCAAAGUAGUUCUGGAAUCACUAAUACCUCCAAAAAAUCUAAGGACAAUGACAGAACAAUGUUAGGAUCAACAUCAGUCAAUAUCAAUACACACAAUCAUAUAAUCGCUGAAACAGAUGACGAGUCUGAGACGGAUGACGAAGAGGCGGUAAUUAAUCAAUGUAAUGAGAUUAAAGAUAGGUCAAAAAUUGAUGAUAAAAAAACAUUUAAAAAUAAUGCAGUUGUUAACGAUUCAGACACUGACGAUGAAGAGUUUGCUCGAAUACAAGAUCAGGAACAACGUAAGAUAAAUAAUGAUAGUGACUUUGAAUCACAUGAUGAAAUUCCGGAGUCUUGUGUUAUAAAUGUUGAUAAAAAUAAAAUUUUAAAACUUGAUAGUGAAGCAGAAAGUAAUGCAUGUCCAAGUCCAGUGCUUGUUGAUUUUUCUAAAAUUCAACACCCAGGUUCCGAGCAAAAUUAUAAUGAUGAUGAUGAGACUGAUGAUGAUGAGGUUUAUAUGACACCUAAUCAGGCAGUGUCACCUCACAGAAAAGUAGCGUUGAAAACUGACCAGCCUGGUCUAGAGCGAUAUGAUACUGCGCCUUUAGUAUCAGCUGAGCCGGCUGCUAAAGUUUCUCCAAGGAAUAAUGAAUUAGAAUGCGACCCUGAUGCGCUGACUCAAGUUAUUCCUUUAAAUAUUAAUUCUAAUGCAUGUAAAAAAAUUAAUAAUGAUCAUGAAGCUUGUGAUGAAUUCGCGGAAACUCAAUUAGUAAAUCCACAAAAUAAUUUUAAGCAUGAUAAUGAUGAUGAUGAUGAUGAUGAAACUGAUGAUGAAGAAUUAGAGUCACUUCGUAGAGAAGUAGAUGAUAAAAAAAAUCAAGGAUUAAUUAAUAAAAUUAAUGAAUUAAAAACUUGUGAUCAAGAUCAAGAUCUUGAUGAUGCGCCAACUCAAUUAUUAAAUUUAGAAACUCAAAAAAUUAAUAAUGGCAUUGAGGAUACCCAGAAAAUUUUAGAAACACAAAGAGAUGAUCUAGAGCCUACUCAACUUAUAGAUUCGCAGGCAAUUUUUUUAUCUGUUAAUAAAAUUAAUAAAAUUAAUAAAAAUUCUCAGACUAAAAAUAAAACUAAUGAUGAUAGUAUUGAUUCAGUUGAUUUAGAAAAUGCACCGACGCAAAUUAUAAAUUUUGAAGGUUCAAAAGAAACAUGUGAAAAAAAAAAUGAUAAUUUGGAGGAAAAAUCUCCUGUAAUUAAAAGUAAUAAAAUUUCACGUAGAGCAUCUUCAACUCCUCUUUCUUCAGGAAAGAGAAAAAUAAAUUUUGCCUCUGUGAAAAAUUGUACAGUUGAUCUUGAUAAAUUACAAGGGGAUAAUUUAAAUUCAUAUGAAAAAAAAAUUAAAAAAAAAGAAUUGGAAAAUGAUAAAGUAAAUAGUGAUUUACACAAUGACAGUUUAGUUAGGAAUUUAGACGCUAUGUUCGGUGGUAGUAAUGAUGAUGAACUUGAGGACGCGAUUCCGCUUCAAACUCAGCAGCUUGAGGAAAUAUUAAAUGAUGUCCCUGAAAAAUUACAUAGUGUUAAUAAUUUUCAGAAACCCGGUAGUCAAGAAAAUAAAAUUAAUUUGGUGAAUAAAAAAUGCAGUGAAUCCCAGGUGGAUUCAGGUCCUGAUACGCAAGAGGCUUACUUCGCUAAGUUGUCUUCUAGAAAGAAGAAAUCUAAUAUUCUUGUUGAUAGUCAAGGGAGUUCUUCGUCGCAGAAGUCUGAGAAAAGUCAAGGUAAAGCGGCGAAAAAAGUUGUCUAUGCGCCGGGUACAGCUGGGUUUUCUAAUGGAGUUCCGGUUGAAGGCGAUGAAUCUGUCGCAGUGUAUGAGUCACCAGAAAAAAAACUUAAAACUAAAGUUACAGAAAAAGGUGCAAAACCCGAGAAUGAAAAAAAACAAACGGUUAAUCCGGUUAAUGAAGACGAUUUUUUUGCAGGCUUACCAGAUGUUCGUGUUGCUGGUACUGAUGCUAACCCAGCAAAUUCAACUGUUUAUUCUUCAGACAGUGAAGAUGAUUAUUCAUCGGGUAACAUAGUUCAAAAACUCAAAAAAUCAAUGGCGAAGAUAAAAGCGAUGUCAGAAGAAGACGAUGAUGGUAUUUUUAGUAAUUCAAAAAUAAUUCCUAACUCUAGUUUUAGUCAUUCAGAUGUUAAGUUACCCAAAUUAAAGAGUAUUGACGAUGAUGGUUCUUCGUCUGAUGGUGAGGUUGAUUUUGUUCGUUUAAAACAGUUGGCUGAUCGCCUUCUUAAUGCUAAUGACAAAGAAAAAAUUUUGACAGGUCUCAAGAAAGUUGGGAGUAAAAAUAAAAAUAAGGUAAAGGUUAACAAAGAAGCGGCUGCGGCUAGUAAAGUCGCUGAUAGAAAAUCAACAAGAAAGCGCGUACUUCCUCAGAAAUUGAAGAGUGGAGCAUUUGUUAAUGAUGAUGGUGAUUUAAAUGAAGGUCAAGAUCAUACGGUACCUGCGAAACGGGCUCGCAAAGCUCGGAAGAAUUCCAAGUCAAUUAAUUCUAGUGUUGUAGAAAAAGCUCAAGCUGAGACUAAGAAAAAAGCUCCUGCUAAACGAUCGAAGAAAGUUAAUGAAGAUCAGAGCUUGCUUAGCGCUUCAGUGAGCUCAGGUACCGAGGACCAGAAAACUGCUACUGGAGUAGAGGCGAAGAAAAAGACUGUAGCUAAACGGUCUAAAAAAGUGGAUGUUGAUCAGAGCUUGCUCAGUGCUUCAGUAAGUUCGAAUAAUAGUAAUAAUGAGGAACACAAUACUGAAGUUAAGAAAAAAACUGCGGCUAAACGAACUAAGAAAGCGGCUGCUGAUCAAACGACUUUGGAUACUUCCACUUCUUCGGCAUCCUCGAGUACUCUUAACAGUACAAUUGCAUCUAAAAGGUCGAGAAAUAGUGUUGUGGAUUCGCCUUCUACUUCAGCUAGGUCGAGACAUAGCCAUCGUCCGGCUGAGAUGCAGUAUAAAAUUAUGUUCACUGGUAUUGAUUACGAGACACAUGAACAAGCCGUUCAGAGUCUUGGCGGAGUAAUAAGCAACGAUCCGAUGACUGGAACUAUUUUAGUAACAGACAAAGUUCGCAGAACUUUGAAAUUUCUCUGCGCGAUUUCUCGCGGCAUUCCCAUUGUUUCUGAAAAUUGGAUCAAUGCAAGUAUCAAGAGUAAUAAAUUAAUCGAAACAGAUAAAUAUAUUCUGCAUGAUUCAGCAGCUGAAGCGAAAUUUGGAUUUAAUUUAAAACAGAGUUUGAUUAAAUCUAAGGAAAAAAGUUUACUGCACAAUUUGACGUUUGUUGUUACAUCCGGUGUCAAUCAACCUAGCUUCAAUGAACUUAAAAACAUGAUUCAAGUUGCUGGUGGAAAAGCUUUGGUUCGACCUCCAAAAACAUGGACCAAUACUUAUAUUAUCAGCUGUGCAGCUGAUAUUUCUAAACUUAAGAAAUUAACAGCAAACGUACCAAAUGAUAUCCAAGUUCCUGUUGUUACGACAGAAUUUUUAAUGUCUGGAAUUCUGAAACAAGAAUUAAAUGCAGAAGAACAUAAGCUUAGUUUCUAAGAUAAGUUGAUAAAAAGUUGGGCUUAAGUGUAAUAAAGUUUAUAUUUUUAUAAAAUUAAG